GUUUCAGUCCCCGAGGGGGUGGCUUCAGAGGCCGAGGGGGGUUUGGUGACCGAGGCGGCUUUGGAGGUGACCGUGGUGGCCGCGGUGGCCGAGGAGGCUUUGGUGGCGGCCGAGGGCGAGGAGGAGGCUUCAGGGGCCGUGGGCGAGGAGGAGGAGGAGGAGGAAGAGGUGGAGGGUUCCAAUCUGGCGGCAACCGGGGUCGUGGCAGGGGAGGAAAGAGAGGAAACCAGUCGGGGAAGAAUGUGAUGGUGGAGCCCCAUCGGCAUGAGGGAUCUUGUGAGGGUGAUGACAAGAUUGAGUACCGUGCCUGGAACCCCUUCCGCUCAAAACUGGCAGCAGCCAUCCUGGGCGGCGUGGACCAGAUCCACAUCAAGCCGGGGGCCAAGGUGCUGUACCUCGGUGCCGCCUCGGGCACCACCGUCUCCCACGUUUCUGACAUCGUGGGCCAGGAUGGUCUAGUAUACGCAGUCGAGUUCUCCCACCGCUCCGGCCGCGACCUCAUUAACCUGGCCAAGAAGAGGACGAACAUCAUCCCGGUCAUCGAGGACGCCCGGCACCCGCACAAAUACCGCAUGCUCAUCGCAAUGGUGGAUGUCAUCUUUGCUGACGUGGCCCAGCCUGACCAGACCCGAAUCGUAGCCCUGAAUGCCCACACCUUUCUGCGUAAUGGAGGCCAUUUUGUGAUUUCCAUUAAGGCCAACUGCAUUGACUCCACGGCCUCGGCAGAGGCUGUAUUUGCUUCUGAAGUGAAGAAGAUGCAACAGGAGAACAUGAAACCCCAGGAGCAGCUGACACUGGAGCCAUAUGAAAGAGACCAUGCUGUGGUCGUGGGCGUGUACAGGCCACCCCCCAAAGUGAAGAACUGA